GUGUGGUGUGAGUCCGCUGACAGAAAGCAGAGAUCAGAUCAGAGAGGAAGGAUGAAGGAAACAUGUCUGCUCUGUCUGAUGUUUCUGUUUUGCUGCAAAUCAAACCAAAUUGGUGUGACUGUGAGUCCCAGCAGAUCUCAGUUCUUUGAAGGAGAAUCAGUGAUUCUGAACUGUGAGGACGACAGCUCUGGAGGAUGGACUCUGAGGAGAAACACCAGCAAAGGAAGCAAGACUUACUGUGGAUCUACAUGGGGAUUAGGAGAUGGUUUGUCCUGCAACAUCAGCUACCUCUUUCUAUCAGACAGCGGUGUGUACUGGUGUGAGUCCAGAGGGGGAGGAGCCAGCAGCAUGGUGGUUAACAUCAGUGUCUCUGGUGGAUCAGUGAUCCUGCAGAGUCCUGUCCUCCCUGUGAUGGAGGGUCAUGACCUCACUCUGAGCUGUCAAUCAAAGACCCCUCCCUCCAACCCCUCAGCUGCUUUCUAUAAAGAUGGCUCCCUCAUCAGGACUGAGCCUACAGGUCACAUGACCCUCCAGCAUGUUUCCAGGUCUGAUGAAGGUCUCUACAAGUGUCACAUCAGGGAUCAUGGAGAGUCUCCAUCCAGCUGGAUCUCUGUCUCAGAUAAACCAUCAAUCAUAUCUGCUCCUCCUUAUCCCCCACAUGUCUGGUUACCUGCUGUGUAUUUUGUUGUUUUGGUUCUCCUGCUGUCUUUGGGUCUGAUGGUGAGGAAAUAUCUUCAGUGGAAGUCUAAAGAUCCAUCUGUUAUCUGAUCUCCCAGAGAUCAUGGUCUGAUCUGAGAAUCCUCUGGACUUAAACUGAUCCUCUCAGAUCCUCCAUCAGAUCCAUCUGUUAUCUAAUCUCCCAGAGAUCAUGGUCUGAUCUGAGAAUCUUCUGGACUCAAACUGAUCCUCUCAGAUCCUCUCAGAUGUGUUCCUGUGAGGAUGUUUGUAUCUUUCCUGAACCAGAUCCUGAAUGA